ACCUAUCUUUCCCUCUCUUCUCUAGCUUCAGCCUCUCUCUUCUUCUCACAUUUUUCCUUCCAUUUUAGUUUGUAGCAUCGUCCAUCCUCUUUUUUGGUGUAUUAUGACUUUUAAAUGUCUUCAUUGGAUAUUUUCUUACUUCCGAAACGAUUCCUGAAGCAUGUAUAACUCAAUUCGAUCUUAAACUAUGUUUAAAUUUUUGUAAAUUUACUGUAAAAGAGUCAAUAUUUUCAUCUGUAAGUGUUAAAAUUUUUUGUAAUCUGAACCAUUAUCAACUUUGUUUGCUUUCAACUUUUGGAUAAUUCACCUGGCUAACAGAAAGAAGAAAUCUAAAAUGGACUCAACACACGGAUUGUACCAAUCACCUUUAUCUCAGCGGUAUGGAAGUCUUGAGAUGAGGCAAAAUUUCAGUGAUAUUAAAAAAUUUACAACGUGGAGACUUCUCUGGGUAAAUUUGGCUAAAGCUCAGCAAGGACUUGGAAUCAAUAUUAGUGAUGAACAAAUAUCCGAGAUGGAAGAUAACAUGGACAAAAUUGAUUUUGAAUUUGUCAAAGAAGAUGAAAAAAGGACUCGCCACGAUGUAAUGGCCCAUGUUCACGAGUUCGCUUCAAAAUGUGUAAAGGCAGCGCCCAUUAUUCACUUAGGAGCAACAAGUUGCUUUGUUGGAGAUAAUACAGAUCUAAUCCAAAUAAAAGAUGGAUUUAAUAUAUUGUUACCCAGGUUGGCUCGUUGUAUUGAUAGAUUCACCAAAUUUGCCAAGAAAUACCAUGAUAUGCCUACCCUUGGCUAUACACAUUUUCAACCAGCACAAUUAGUGACUGUCGGUAAAAGAGCUUGUCUUUGGAUCAAUGAUUUACUAAUGGAUCUAAAAAACUUCGAACGUGUCCGAAAUGACUUGAGAUUUAGAGGAUGUAAAGGAACAACUGGUACUCAAGCGUCAUUUCUUCAACUGUUUAACAAUGACGAAGAGAAGGUUAAAAAACUUGAUGAACUAGUCACUAGGUAUUCUGGAUUUGACCAAAGUCAAAUUGUUACCGGUCAAACGUAUUCUCGCAAGGUUGAUGUUGAAGUCUUGGGUGCCUUAGCUGGUCUAGGUUCAACAAUUCAUAAGAUUUGUUCCGAUUUGAGAUUGCUGGCUCAUAUGAAGGAAAUUGAAGAACCGUUUGAAGAAACACAGAUUGGAUCUAGUGCAAUGCCUUAUAAACGAAAUCCAAUGAGAUCAGAAAGAUGCUGUUCAUUAGCCAGGCAUCUUAUGGGUGUCAUGGCUUCCGCUUUAAACACUCAUUCAGUUCAAUGGAUGGAGAGAACACUCGAUGACAGUGCGAUUCGACGUAUUCUUAUCCCAGAGGCUUUUAUUACAGCUGACGAGGUUCUUAUAACAUUACAAAAUGUUUCCGAAGGUUUCAUUGUAUAUCCAGCAGUUAUUGAGAGAAACAUCAAUCAGGAGCUUCCAUUCAUGGCAACCGAAAAUAUCAUCUUGGCUAUGGUAAAAAAAGGUGCCAAUCGACAGGAAUGUCAUGAAAUGAUUCGACAACUCUCUCAUGAGGCAGCUCUCCAAGUCAAACAAUAUGGUAAAAACAAUGACCUAUUAAAUAGAAUUGAGAAUCACAGAUAUUUCGAGCCAAUCAAAGCAGAAUUAAAGGACCUCAUUGAUCCCCGUUCAUUUGUUGGUCGGGCACCUCGACAGGUGAUUGAAUUUAUCAGAAGUGAAGUUGAACCAGCAAUUCAUCCCUAUCGCAAUGUGAUGAGUAUUAAAGCGAGUGUUACUAAAUAAAUUCAAUCGCUAUAUAUCACGUUUAUCUAAUUUGUUAGUCUUAUUAGAUGUUCAAUGUUAUUUUCAAUGAUUGAUAAGAGGAUAUUGUGAUAUUUUCAGUUAUAUUACUAAUUCAGUUUAAGUUUUCUAUUGCCUCUUUAAACAAAAAAU